AUGAAACGUCCUGCGAAGACAAGCAAACAGACGCUGGCAAAACUGCGAGCAGACCGUGAAAAUGGGUUAUUUGAUCUGAAGGAACUCGAGUCUUUGUUAGCAGACUACAAUUCUCCUCAUAUUGAUAUUUUGGAGCAGCGUCUUCAAAAGCUCGGUGAUGCUCUGUUGCCGAAUUUUCGCGUAUAUCUUAUGGAAGGUUUCAACAUUAUCCUUUAUGGGGUUGGUUCCAAGUUAAGAUUAUUGUCUCGCCUGCGGAGUGAGUAUUUGAAUGGGGAUAAUUGUCUCGUGGUAUCGGGCUACUCAUCAACCAUCGGUAUUCGGAAGGUUUGCAUAUGUGUCAUCUUUGUUAUUUUUUCUCCGCAGAUUCUCAACGUAAUUAUUGAUGAAGUGAUGCAGAUAGAGGAUGCGCCUGCUGGCAUAGAUAAGCGUUUGGAUCUUAUCAUUGAUCACUUUUCUCGACCUACUGCAGCAGAUGCCCCUCUCUUCUUGCUAAUCAACUGCAUAGAUGGAAGGAAUCUGCGCACUGCAAGGGUUCAGGCCAUUUUAGCUCGUCUUGCCGCAGUCCCACACAUUCACAUUGUGGCUACUAUGGACAACAUUAAUUUACCAAUAUUAUGGUCUCAAACGGAAGUUUCAAGGUUUUCCUGGAUCUGGGAGGAAUGUUCGACUUUAUUACCCUAUUCAAUCGAGGCUGGGUUCGCCAGCAGUCAUCUGCUACAAGAACUAUUUGGAAGUACUGGAAACGUGGGCAGUCAGUUGACUGAUCGACACGUCUUUCUCAACCCCGACGUUGACGUGGUAGCGCUCACACGACUGCGACAUGUCAUGGCCUCGUUGACAAAAAACGGGUGCGACAUUUUCCGUCUAUUAGUGGAGUACCAAAUUCAAGCAGUGGAAGAGGCUCAAGCUGAUCUACACGAAAAGAAUGCCACAAAGAUAAUUGGUCCUAAGGCCUCUUUGAAGAAAAGCAGAAGGAAUGAGGAAGGAGAAGCAGCGCCCAAGGGGAUGCCACUGGAGGAACUUUAUUGGCGCUGUCGUGAUGCCUUCUUGACCAAUACAGAAGUCAAUCUGCGGGCUCAACUAACCGAAUUCAAGGACCACAAACUCAUUAAGUUCUUGAAGGAUUCUGAUGGAACUGAAUUGCUCUGUAUUCCUCUCGAUCUGGCCAGUCUCAGGGAAAUUAUUGAAAAUAAGGAGAUGUUUCCUUAA